CGUAAAGUUCACUUUUAGCGGAAAAACCUUAUCAGCGCUCCCUCCCAGAUAAAUAACCCGCCUCUGCGCACAGUCCCACUCAGAAAAGGACGCCGAGUUUCCACUUUCCACUCGGAGGAGACACACCCACGGAGCGGCAGAGCGAGGAUGCAGAGAGGAGACAGACGGUGUGAUUGAACCCGCCAUCAUUACCGUUUCAGAGAAGCUGCGACCUGAUGGAGACAGCAGAGAUGGUUCUCCGCUGGGAUCUCUUGAUGUUGGCCUUGCUGUUGAAGACCGGUCCAGUUCAUGGAUGCAAUUGUCCAGCAGCUACCGUCUUGUCCCAGUUUCCCUCUGAGGUUCCCGCUGAUGCCUGCUGCUUGAACUUCUCUGGCUCUGCCUUCGGUCACGUGCGCUGGUCUGUGUUUACCAACGGCACCAACGUACAAACUCUGGAUCUCUCCAACUGCCACAUCAGCCUUAUUAUUGUCAGUGGAAAGCAAGCUUCUUCACUGCAGAGAGUUUUCCUUGAUGGGAACAAACUGAGAGAGUUGCCAGAGCACUUCCUGGCGGACCAGCCCUGUCUGACUGAGCUGGACCUGAGUCAGAACCAACUCCAGGAGAUUCCCAAAGGCUUCCUUCAGGACUCUGAUCGCCUCCAAAGGCUGGACCUGCAGGGGAACCAGCUGCGCUCCCUCCCUGGUGAUUUAUUCCAGAUUCCCAGUCUUCAUACUCUGGGGCUGGAUGGGAACCAGUGGGAAUGCUCCUGUUUGUUCCUGGAAGGGUUGGAGUCCGGCAGGCAGGCCAACAGGACGGCCCGGCUGGAGGAUCUCUUGGGGAACCUGACGUGCUUCUUUCCUCGACACCUCGCCGGCAGAACGGUGUGGUCGCUAAGCAUCAGUGACGUCUGUCGCCUGGCCAGCCUUACGGCGCUCUUCAUCGUCCUACCUCUCCUCAUCCUUUCCGCCUUGCUGCUCUGCUGGUGCUGUGGAAGGAAGAGGAAGAAAAAGGAAACUCUCACUUUCAGCUCCUCCAAAAAGAGGUCCCCCAACGUUGGCUGCAGCAACCACAAGCACCACAACAAGCAGCAGGAUCCAGGCGCCGACCCGAUCAGAGCUGCCGACUGCAGGACGGAGGGGAUCCUGAAGAACCAGCUGCUGCUCCGCCCGGCUUCGGGUCUCCUGGGCAGCACCAGGGACAUCUACGAGGAGGUGGAGAUCAAGCUGAGCUCAGCAGAGUCUCUUCCCGGCUCCUCGGAGGGGAGGCAGGGUCCCCAGGAGCCCGACAAGGUCAGCAAGACUGAGCUGGACACGGUCAGCGUGACCGAAGUGAUGAAAGACUCGGCGGACAGAGAGAAGGUCUAUCUGACUCAGUCCACUGAGUACUACAGCCUGGUGCCGGGCAUCGAGCUGGAAGACUCGGACCACGGGGAAUAUGAGAACGUAAAUCUGUCAUGACACUGAGAUAUGGUGGAAGGUGACCUAUUAUGCUUCAAUGAACGGGUUAGUAUUGGUCCAAACAUGUUCACUGCAUUUUUUAUUUAUUAUUUUUUUUUUGCAAAAAUCAUUCUUAGAUAUUGAGAAUUUAGUCUAGUCAGGUCCGCCAACCCAACAUUUACAAUCGCAUGUGAAGAUGGCUGCAAAUAGAUGCACAAUUAUACCACUGUGUAGCUUUGAAAAGCAUUAAGUACAGCCUCCUGCUUUACCAACAAAAAGGCAACAAGUGGUUUCUGGAUAGUAAGUCGCCAACAAAACACUCGUUUUAUCUCAGCAGCCAUUGUACCGACAGCCAUAAAACCAGCUAACCAAGACGUGCUGGACUUCCAUUUGGGUUGCUAGGUAACGUCCUGGGCUUCACUGAGGUUGCUAGGUAACGGGCAGUGGCUUCUAAACUGUGACUUUAGGUUUUUGAAAUGUCUCAUUUUCCCAACACCAAAAAAUAUAAACUUAUUGCCAAAAAACAGCUUUUUUUAAGCACUUGAGCUGUUUUUAGAAACAGUGGAGACCCAAAUGAAAGAAUAAAAACAUAUUUUCAGCGCAUACUGUGGUAAAGCCAGCUGACCAAACGUACUCGAGCUCUGCUUUGGGCCACUGGGUGACAAACUGGGAUUCAUUAGGGUUGCUAAGUGACGGCGCAAUUCCCAUCGAUUGUGAUUCAAAAUCUGGAAGGUUUUUGAAACAGCUCGUUUUUUUAACAUUAACUUACAGCCAAAAAAAAAUGUCUGUUUUUAGAAGCAGUAGAGACCAAAUGAAAGCAUUAAAAAUGUGCAAAAAGGGAAUUUUGCAUAAUAGGUCCUCUUUAAGUUUACAGAUGGACUUUCAAUCAAUCAUGGGCAGUAAUGUCAUAUUAACUUUGUACUUUUAACAGAUUGAAACACAGUAAUGCACCUCUCACUAAUAUUUGGAUACCUCAGUCUCAGUGUGCAUCUUUAUCACACACUUUUUAUGGAUUUCUAAUACACUAGUUAGUUUCUUGGCACAGAAAUGCAUGAUAGCAAAUAUUUCAGAUUACAGUUUGAUUCAAAACACAGAUUUUUAUUAUCACAAUUAUAUUAGGCAAUUGUGUUUUACUGUUGUGUUUUGCUGCAUUAGGACAAAAAAUGAAAUUUAGCUUCUGCGCUAAUUUCUGCAUAUUUAAAUCAGUGUAAAUCGAGGUAAAGUUAAUUGAUAUGCACUUUACUAAUCAAAUGAAUACAAAACGAAUUAGAAAAAGGUUUUCAAACAAAUCUAUGAAACAUCAGUCAUGGUGGUGGCAUCAUGCUUGAUUAGCUGGUAGCUACUGCAUCGCAUAAAUAAAGAAGAAGCUAACCUACCUUGAACUUCUUUAACUUCAAAUCAACAGCUACAAGUUUUAAACAUGGAUAUAGUUGAAUGUAGCUACAGGAAAUUCAUCAUUUCAAGAAAAUACCAGCUAACAAAAAUGUUUUAGCAUUAGCAUUAGCUUAAACAUAUAGCGAUUCCAACAGAAACUCAACAGCAAAGAAGAUGUUCUAGUUGAAGCUAAUACCAAUGUUGUAAACUCUGUAAUACAUAUGGAUAAAAACAACAAUGUACAUUACUUAUUCCUGUUUAUGCACCAGCUAGCAUUAGCAGUGCAGCACAGCUAGCUGAGCGACAGCUAGUAAUGUAAUGUUAAAUGGAGGAAUGAAGAAAGGCAGAAUGAAAACUGACCAAAACAAAUACGUCAUAUCAGCUCCUGAGUCGAUGUUGCAGUGAGCAGUAAAUGUCUGUUUUUUUUCUUCCUUUAUUUUACUGGAGCUUUAUUUUUAACAAUAUAAUUUAACCAUUAAAAACCCAGAAUGAAAAGACGGUGCACAUUUUUACAAUGCUGAUCAUAUCUGACACUGAUGAAGAAGAAUUAGAAAUAAAUAUUUUUAUUUUUCUAAUUUAACUCAAAUUGGGGUCUACUGAGAUAUACAUGUUUUUGGCUGUGUUUAAAUACUUUGAGUUGUUUUGUACUUAAUAAAAAAAAAAGAAAACUUUUUUUAAUUUGUCAGCAGCUUCAAAGUUUAAUGAAGAACUAUUGUUUACCAAAACAAACUAAACAACUCAGUUUUUCUGAUUUACAUUCUCAGCUGUAAAGAUUUUGGUCUUUUUGCCUUAUAAAAUAAAAACAUUUUUAGUAAUAAGUUUGAAGAAACAGCUUCUUGCUCCUUCAGGAUGACUCUUAAUAACAAACAUAUCUUCAUAAGUAAAAGGAAGUAACUAUUUUUAAGUGUUCUUUUAUUUGUUUUAAUAAAAUUCAUGCAUUGAAUUUAAUUUUGUUAUAAGAGACAGUUUUUCCUGUUUCACUACAUCCUGAUCCUCCAAGGCAUGAGCUUUAUUUUUUAAAGGAGGGCUCAUUAUUUUUCAUCCCUAUUUUUUAAAAUGAGUCAAUAGGGAAGAAUAUUUUUACCUUUUGUGAAAGUUUGAUGCUUUUCUGAGACAUGAAAAUAAAACUGUGAUUGUUUAAUUUUACAAUUAAAAACAUGUUUUUAUAUAUUUAUAGAGCUUGACAUUUGUAUUUUUUUUUCAAGAAUAAAGUUUCUUUUUGUACUUUAAAUACUUAUUUUCGGAACCAGCUAACUCAGUAGGGUUUUUAAAAUGGGCAGUAGCCCAGGGCGGCAUGAGAAUAAACACAAGCACCAGAUAAAAACAUAUAAAAUAAAAUAUUCUCUGUAUGACAACUUGAUCAGAGCCAUCAAUUAUUCAGUUUUAGCUCUACAGCUAUUAAUUUAUACAAUACAUUCAGAUCAAUAACCAUUCUGGGAAAAACAUUCAGAACCCUGGUUAGGGUUAAAAAAACAAUGGUGUUUGAUUCUCAUAUAGUGUCUUUGUUUUGCAGACAGCUCUGUUGGUUAUAAUGUUUUGACUAAAUAAACUGGGGAACUGAAAAUGAUUCAUAACUUAUUCAUAACUUAUAGAAAGUUUCUAUACUUUCUUAGAUAAGAGCUGUGAUAUUUUUCUUUCUAUGUGCAGAUGUUACAGUUAUUUUUUUAUUUAAUAGAGAGACACUUUUCGAAUGCGUUACACAAAAACUGAGUGUAGUUCAACCUCUGAAGUAUCACAAUGCAAGAGGAAAUGAUUUAAUCUGGUUCUUUUCCCUGUGGGACAUACAGAACAGAGGAACUAAAAAUAAAAAGGAAAAAACAUUUUUUAAGGUCACAAAUGCCUGUGUUUACAUUCAAAAUCCUUUAAAAAGCAUUUAUAUCCAUUAUGUCUGUCACAUUAUUGCAGAAAACCUUCAGAAAGUAGUGCUUGAUUGGGAAAUUAAAGUAUUUUUCUAACAAUGCAGACUAAAUACUGUAAGCUUAUUGUUAUUUCAGCUAAUUUAAAUGUAUAAUCAGGUGGAUAGAGUCCCCAAAAAUUGUACUUAAGUAAGAGUAGCACUACUUCAGCAUAUUUGUACUCAAGUAAAAGUAAAGAGUAGUCGUCCAAGACUCAAGUAAGAGUAAAAACUGUUUUGGUAAAGUCUGCUCAAGUACCGAGUACCUGAUCAAAUUAUCAAUCAUUUAAUAUUUAA